AUGGUACCUAAAAGAAUCGUUAUUGUUUUUGGUUUUUGUUAAAAAUUGUAGGAUAUAACAUGAGAUUGUCGAUUUUUAUUUGUCUCUUUGCGUCAGUCUUUUGUGCUUCCCCAAAUUAUUAUCCAUCAGAACAACGUGGACAACAGAAUUAUGGAGGAAAAAACUUUGUACCUAUCGUAGCAGAAACAAAUGAAAUUUCUCCAGAUGGAACUUUUUCAUACAGUUAUUCUACUGGGGACGGUCAGCAAGUCCAAGCCCAAGGUUACCUUAAAAACGCAGGAAACAAAGGCACAGAAGCAGAAGUAAUUCAAGGCUCCUAUUCUUACACAUCACCUGACGGUACACCCAUUACUGUGACCUACAUAGCAGACGAAUUUGGUUUUAGAGCUGAAGGAGCUCAUUUACCUACCCCACCACCUAUUCCAGAGGCUAUCCAAAAGUCACUGGCGCUUAUUGCGCAAGCGCAAGGUAGAUCUGUUGGUGAACAACCUACGUAUCCUGAACCAAGGUCCUUUAGGAACAGUUACAAG